AGCGUUAGUGGCUGUCUUCCAUUUUACAUUUCUCAUGUCCCAUGUGACUUUUUGAGUAUAAAAGGCCCUCUUGUGCACAAAUUGUAGUUUGGUUUGGUUUGUCUUAGCUUUGCUCUUUGAUUCAUAGACUCUUGACACUAAUGGCACAUAAUUUACCUCCAAAAGUGCCAAAUGUGACUCAAAAUUGGCAUGAUUUUUCUCACCAGAAGAUGUCUCCCAUGGAAAAUUUGGUAACAAGUAAUGAUACUACUCCUCAAGAUCCUUCGUGGGUCGACGAAUUUCUCGACUUCUCAUCUGUCCAGCGCCGUGGCCAUCGGAGGUCUAUUAGUGAGUCAAUUGCUUUUCUUGAAGCACCAAUGGUGCAAGAAUGCAGAAGAUCAUCUAUAGCUGCUGGUUCUGGGAAUGCUAGUGAAUUUGAGAGGUUUGAUGAUGAUCAGUUCAUGUCUAUGUUCACCGAUGAUGUUGUGAUGGGGCCCACUUUGUCAUCUUCGAGUCCUUCGUCGCCGUCUGAUCAUAAUAGCAUUAAUGAUGAUAAACAAGGUCCACCUGAUCAACAGCUGCAUCAGCCAAAAAAUGAACCUGAUGAGGUGUAUAGCUCAUGCAAAUCUGAGGAGCAAAAUGCUCAACAUGCAACUACAGACAAUUCAACUGAUAAGAUUUCUGAUCCAAAAAGGAUCAAGAGAAUCUUGGCUAAUCGGCAAUCUGCGCAAAGGUCCCGAGUAAGGAAAUUACAGUACAUAUCCGAACUAGAACGCAGCGUAAAUUCACUUCAAGCUGAAGUUUCAGUAUUAUCCCCAAGGGUUGCUUUUCUGGACCACCAACGCCUGGUGCUAAAUGUGGAUAACAGUGUUCUCAAGCAAAGAUUAGCAGCUUUGGCUCAAGAUAAACUCUUCAAAGAUGCUCAUCAAGAAGCUUUGAAGAAGGAAAUAGAGAGACUGAGGCAAAUAUAUUAUCAUCAAAAUCUCAAGAAGACUGAAAAUGGUACCCCAAACUCACCACCAAGGCCUGCUGAAGGACAACUUGUUAGCUGAGCCAUUAUUGCCAAGGGAUUUUAAAUACCGGAGGAAAUUUCUAAUUGAAGAGAAGCCUGCAAAAAUUCAUUGAAGGGAUCUCAAGAUUGUUAAGAAGCCUUCUUUUUCUCAUUUUGAUUUUGAGAGGAUUUUUCUUUUUAGUACAUAGAUGAGGUGUGGUUAAUUUUUUUGUUUACCAGUCAUCGUAUUUUUUUUAAUUAUUUCAUGGAUGACAAGUGACAGUGGCUUGUAUUGGGAGGUUGGUUUCAUGACCUUUUUUCAGUGUCUUUUUAUUCCAUGUGUGUGGUAUUCAUUAUUUGUUCUUUUCAAGAAAAGAAAAAGUAAAAAUGUAGAUAUUCAUCUUUGACUGUACUUAGUUAAUUUUAAAGUUUAAUGCAAAUGGGAUUGUUGGAUUUGUAA